AGUGAACCGCGUCCUAACCUCCACGUUGAUGAUGAAGCUUUCGACGUUGCUGCCCCUCCUUGCUCUUCCCUUUGCCUGGGCUGCAAGUACUGAUAACACCAGACAGGAAUUAAUCAAUCUUGCGUCUGUUAAUGGUAUUAUCAGGCUUGACCAUAAGGCUUUCGAUCUUUUGACUUCUCCGAAACGUAACUGGUCCGCUGCCAUCCAAUUCACUGCUCUCGACCGAAGGCGUCGAUGCGCUCCUUGCAAAGAAUUUGAACCCUCGUGGAACGCUGUAGCGCAAUCUUGGAAGUCGGCCCCGAAAGAACACAGAGACAAUCAUUUCUUUGCAACUCUCGACUUUGACGAAGCUCCCACCGUUUUCCAGCAGCUCGGCCUGAUGUCAGCCCCGGUCGUCUACGUGUACCCAUCCGUUCAAGGUCCUCACGCCCCAACGACCGAAAAGACCGGCCCAUCCAAAUACGAUUUCUCAUACGGUCUCGGGGCUGGACCUCUUGCUGAAUCCCUCUCUAAUCACACCCCCAUUCCCAUUCCUUAUAAAGAACCGCUCGAUUGGGCACGUCUAGUAUCAUUCGCCAGCGUUCUCUUGGGUCUCGCUAUCAUAGUCAGGUUUAUUUCUCCACUACUACAAAGUCGUUGGACUUGGGCCGCGAUUACUAUUAUCACCAUGCUCGUCAUGACCGGUGGUUAUAUGUUCACUCGUAUCAGAGGUUCCCCUUAUACUGGAGGAGACGGCAACUGGAUCGCGGGAGGUUAUCAAAAUCAAUUCGGGCAAGAAGUUCAAGUCGUUGCAGUUAUUUAUGGGACGCUGUCUUUCGCGUUCUUAAUGCUCAUCCUGAUCGUGCCGUAUCAGUCUUCGCCUUCCCGUCAGCGCCUUCAAAUAUAUCUCUGGACUGGUGUCAUUGUUCUUGUCUAUUCCGUUCUUAUCACUCUGUUUAAGGUCAAGAACCGCGGUUACCCAUUUAGGCUUCUCCUGUAGAAGAUUGGUUUAGGAUUGUAUUGAGGACAAUAGCCUUCCAAAAUUUGUUGAUUCAUAGUCCUAAUCCGUUCAAAAACAUUCUUUCACAUUAACAAUGCUAUCUAUCGUACAAGGAAAUUUGAAAUCCUAAUAAAGAUCAAAAAAAGUC